AUGUCUUCAACUCAAAACACUAAAAUUCCAACCUAUCGUUUGCUUGGUAACUCUGGUCUCAGAGUAUUCCCACUCUGUUUAGGAGCCAUGCACUUUGGCUAUAAUGAAACAUUCUCCAAUGCAUUUGGUAUUGGCAGUUCCGAUGAAGAAAGUGAGAAGAUUUUCUUAAAGUACAUUCAAUUGGGAGGUAAUUUCAUUGAUACUGCCAAUAUUUACUCAUUAGGUAGCAGUGAAAUCUUGAUCGGUGAAUUGAUCAAGAAGCACAACAUUGAUCGUGAUACCUUGGUAAUUGCUACAAAAUACUCUGGACCAACUCCAGGUGUUACUGGUCCAAAUGCUGCAGGAAAUAAUAAGAAAAAUCUGUUCAAAGCUGUUGAUGAUUCAUUGAAGAGAUUGCAAACUCAUUAUAUUGAUUUAUUAUAUGUCCACUUUUGGGAUUUCACUCUUGAUGUUACUCAAUUGGUUCGUUGGUUGGACGAAUUGGUUAAGAGUGGUAAAGUUCUUCAUGUUGCCAUCAGUGACACCCCAGCAUGGAUUGUCUCUAGAGCCAAUACCUAUGCUGAACAAAACGCCCUCACUCCAUUCACAGCCUAUCAAGGAAGAUAUUCACUCGUUGAUCGUGGCCAAGAUCAAGAUGUAAUUCCAAUGAGCAAGGCAUUGAAUAUUGCAACUGUGCCAUGGGGAAUUGUUGGACAAGGUAAAUUGACUGGUGUUAGAACUCGUGAAUCAGAUCAAGAUGCCAAGAGAAAAUUUGUGGAAAUUAGUGAACAAGACGCCAAAGUUCAACAAGUUGUAUUUGAUAUUGCUAAAGAAAUUGGUCGUUCUCCAACUCAAGUAGCUAUUAAUUGGGUUUUGGGAAGAACCACUAGUCCAAUUCUUGGUACUAGAACUUUGGAACAAUUUGAAGAUGCUGUCAAAAGUCUUGAAUUUGAAUUGAGUCAAGAACAACUUGAAAGAUUGAACAAGGCAAGUGAAAAUUCACCAGCUGUCAUUUUCCCUCACAGUUUUAUUGGAAAUAGUUUUGAUACUAAUCGGUGGUUGUUCCUUGGAGGUGAUAAGACUUACAAUAUUACAAAUUAAAGUUGAAUCUUUGUAAAUAAAAUAUAUUGAUGAGGAAGAGCCUUCGCCAAUAUAUGAUUUGAUUU